AUGUCCCGCGUUGCUGGCAUCGUGUGCGCUGUCUCCCUGGCCCUCUAUGGUGCCAGCUGCUUCAUCGUGCCUACCACUCUGCCCAAGGGCGCGCCUCAGACGGAGUCGGGUGCUGUGGUGGGACAGCCAAGCGCCAUCAACGGCACCCCCGAGUCAACCUCCUGGAGCCCGCUUGCUGUCGGUGCAGCCCUGGGUCUCUUGAUCGCCGUGGCCACUGGCCGACCUGCUCUCGCCGCGGACCUGGAGAACGGUGAGGCCAUCUUCAACGGCAACUGCACUGCCUGCCACGCCGGCGGAAAUAACUCCAUUGUGGCUGAAAAGAAGCUCAAGAAGGAAGCUCUGGUCCAGUACGGCAAGUACGACGUCCAGGCCAUCAUCACCCAGGUGACCAACGGCAACGGUGCCAUGCCUGCUUUCGGCGAGAAGCUGGGACCCGAUGACAUCGAGGAUGUGGCCAACUACGUCUACAGCAAGGCUGACAAGUGGCGACAGUUCGGCUGUAGCAAGGUUGCCAGAGGUUGCCAGCGAGGAUCCGUCUGCGCAAGAGCUUCCUUCAUGUUUCUAUUGUCUGGUAUGCUUGAGAACACAUGCUUGUUGGCAGGCGUUUGGCUGUUGCUAGGGACGGUUUGUAGCCUCAAUCUCAGCACUAAAACCAUGUCCCGCGUUGCUGGCAUCGUGUGCGCUGUCUCCCUGGCCCUCUACAGUGCCAGCUGCUUCAUCGUGCCUACCACUCUGCCCAAGGGCGCACCUCAGACCGAGUCGGGUGCUGUGGUGGGACAGCCAAGCGCCAUCGACGGCACCCCCGAGUCAGCUUCCUGGAGCCCGCUUGCUGUCGGUGCAGCCCUGGGUCUCUUGAUCGCCGUGGCCACUGGCCGACCUGCUCUCGCCGCGGACCUGGAGAACGGUGAGGCCAUCUUCAACGGCAACUGCACUGCCUGCCACGCCGGCGGAAAUAACUCCAUUGUGGCCGAAAAGAAGCUCAAGAAGGAAGCUCUUGUCCAGUACGGCAAGUACGACGUCCAGGCCAUCAUCACCCAGGUGACCAACGGCAACGGUGCCAUGCCUGCUUUCGGCGAGAAGCUGGGACCCGAUGACAUCGAGGAUGUGGCCAACUACGUCUACAACAAGGCUGACAAGUGGUGA